AUGUCCUUGCCGAAAAUUUAUGUUAUUACUGGUGGAACGGGUGCGCAAGGUGGAGCUACGGUCCAAGCUCUUCUUAACACAUCUUUUCCUCAGCCGAUCGUCAUCCGUGUAGUUACUCGGGAUCCGACGUCAUCAGUUGCUCAAGCUGCCGUUUCUCGUUCGUCGCAGUUGGCACGAGUGGAAGUGGUGAAGGGCGACUUGAACGAUAUUAAUUCUUUGAAAUUAGCACUCGCUGGUGCUACUGGUGUCUUUUCUGUCCAAGCAGCCGGCCCCGAAGAAGUGAUUCAGGGCUUAAAUCUGGUUAAAGCCGCCAAGGAAUGCGGUGUACGCGUAUUUGUGCACACGAGUGUUUCAAUGACUGGCAAGCAUCAGUCGUUCCCACGAUGGAGCGCUGAUUGGUCCUAUGCCUGGUAUUGGCUAUCUAAACAUGAGGUGGAAGAAGCUGUUCGGAAAGCUCAUUUUGACUCAUAUACCAUUCUUCGGCCAGCCUUACUGAUGGAUAAUUUCAAAAAGCCCCAUUGUGACUUGGUUUUUCCACAAUAUGCCGAACGAGGUGUGAUUCUCACUAUCAGUGCACUUUCAACGACUACUAUUCAGUUAAUUGCUGCGGAAGAUGUGGGAAAAUUUGCAGCCGCUGCUUUCGCCNAACAUGAGGUGGAAGAAGCUGUUCGGAAAGCUCAUUUUGACUCAUAUACCAUUCUUCGGCCAGCCUUACUGAUGGAUAAUUUCAAAAAGCCCCAUUGUGACUUGGUUUUUCCACAAUAUGCCGAACGAGGUGUGAUUCUCACUAUCAGUGCACUUUCAACGACUACUAUUCAGUUAAUUGCUGCGGAAGAUGUGGGAAAAUUUGCAGCCGCUGCUUUCGCCGACCCAGUGAAGUUCAAUGGUUUAGAAAUCGAGUUGGCUGCUGAGUGGUUAACAUUUCCUCAAAUCGCUCAACAAAUAAACAGCGUCACAGGCAAAAAUGUCCGAUCAGAAGUUGUGGCGCAGGGCGAUGCACUAUCCGCUGGCGUACGUCCGUACCUUAUUGAGAGUGAAGUCUGGUGGAACGAGGUUGGCUAUUCGGCAGCUGAUGUAGAUACUGCAAAAAGCUAUGGAAUACCUUUGAUUUCGUUUAUAGAUUGGGUACAAAUGCACAAGAAUGAAAUUAUCAGCAGUUUACCUUAA